UCAAAAUUUCAAUGUACGCUAUCGAUUAGUCGUUGUAUCGAUUGUACGUAUUUACCAAAAUUCAAUAUGGCUGUGUUGAAAGUCAUUAAAAGUUCAAAACACUGUAAGUUGUCAAACGCAGGUCAUUAUACGGAGUAUAAAUUGUUCAAGUGAGAGAUAUGUUGAUUUUCACGUAUAUUUCAGAAAAUAUACAACAUUAAGUUUAAGAAAAUAUCCAAGAAGAUGAAAAUAAAUAAUAUAUAUAAAAAUAUGAGGUUAUGAUGCCGAUGUUUCCUGUGACUGAAAGUUUUGACAAAUUAUUUUUCUGUUACAUUUAUCUUUUGAUUGUGAAAUAUGGCACGUUCCUCAGUAUCAGCGCAAUGUGAUUUAGUUGCAUCUUACAUGGAUGGAGUUCAUGUUAAAAUUGCAGAAGCAUAUAAACCUCCUCGAAAAGUGUGUUUACCAGCAGUAUAUAACAAUAAGCUGCCUGAUGUGUCAAAAUUAACUUAUAAUUUUACUUUGGAACGAUCAGUUCUUGAAAAGAUGACAGAAUGGCGCAAAGUUAGGCAAGCAAAUAACAAAGCACGCCAUACACGCUUAGAUGAGAAAAGGAAGAAAGAAAAAAAAGAAUGUCCUCCUCCUUCACCACCACCACUUCCCGAUAACACGAAACAGCUACCUGUAAAUGCACCUGUGCCUGAAACAACCAUUCUUACUCCGCAGCCUUUGUCGCCACCAGCAAAUGAUCUUCAAGAUCAUGUAAAAACAAAUGGAUUGGAUUAUGCUGACUUUGAUAAUGAUACGAGUAGCCCAUUUGACAAUAUGGAAUUAAAAACAAUAAAUGAUAUGGAGGAACUUGCUCAGGUAUUACAACCCACAUUUCAAUGGGCACCACCAGCAAAAUUAGAAAGUAUAUUAAAAGAUUUAACAGUUAAUGAACGUCCUGAUACUCAUUCAGAAGAGAAAAAUGAUAAUAUUAAAAAUGAAACAAGUGAUCAGGAAGAAGACAGUGUAACAGAAACAGUUAAACAUCGUAGUGUAUCUGCAAUUGUUCAAGAAUUACAAAGAGACUUAGAAAGACCUUUGAUGGAGGAUUGGAAACCUUGGCCAAACUUAGAAAGUCCUAAUGCUAGUUCUCACGAAUUAAAACAAAACGAGCCAGUGGUAACAAAUGAAGAGACUGUUGUAAAUUUAUUACUGGACUUAACAGAGGAAGACAAAAAGUUAGCACGUCAUUUAAGUGAUAUGGGAUUUCCUUUACCAAGAGCUGCUCGCGCUAUACGCAAAUUAGGUGGUCAAGAUAAUAAGAAGAUUGUGGAAUACUUGUUGGCUGUGCAAUCUUUAGAGGAGGUAGGAAUGUCUGGAGAGGAUGCAGAAAAGGCCCUUGCCCUCACAGAAUACAAUCAAGACAAAGCCAAAGCUUACUAUGAGAAUCUAUGUACUUUACGAGAUUUAGGCUUUCCCGAAGAAGAAGCGUCCGCUGCACUUUUAAAAUAUAACAUCGACCGUGAUAGAGCUUUAGAUUUUCUUAUCGCUUGAAUGCAAACUUAUAUAUGAACUAAUUGAAAAGAGUGGUCUAAAAUCAAUUUUUUUACUGCACAAAGGAAUAGUAAAUAAACUAAUGGUCAUGCUAUUUCAAAACAAA